AUGUUGUUGUCCAUCGGGCCAAGAACCUCGAUGCAAACAGGUAAAAAAUCCAUCGAGGGCAGGCCACCUUCAUAUUUUUUAAACUUUUCAUCCGAUGCCCUGGUUGCGGCCAAACCACUUUCCUUGGUGGUUAAGUGCACGUACCGUUCCGCUAAUGUGCCCGAAACGGUUACGUCCCACGCCAGGCAUCUACCGGCUCUCCAAGAAAUCAACGUGCAGCCAUCCGGACGUUUUCCAUCCAACGCGGAAAUUCCCGAGGGCUCUUUAAGAACGGGUAUUGAAGCCUUGGAGAAAAGCCGGCAGAUGGCUGACAAAGCUGACCUCAGGGCACCAUCGAAUCCGCCCAAAAUGGAUGCAUCAACCGAGAAGGAUGUACGAAGGAAGUACAUCAAUCUAGGCAAACUAAGGGCGUUGCGGACGAUGGUCAGCGCGUCGUGGACCGGAAGAUGA